AUGAACACCACUGCUUCUAAAUAUCCUUUGCCUCGUAAUCCCGUGAGUGCUCUCCGUGAUGUGAAUUGGAAAAUUUCCAUGACUGAUGAAUAUAAUGCUCUUAUUAAAAAUAAGACGUGGGAGUUGGUGCCCCGUCCGCCUGAUGUCAAUGUUAUUCGUUCUAUGUGGAUUUUUACUCAUAAAGAACAUUCUGACGGUACUUUUGAGCGGCAUAAGGCUCGUCUUUUAGUCCGGUUGGCAUUGAUUGUGGGGAGACUUUUAGUCCGGUUGUCAAACCGGCUACUAUCCGGGUUGUUCUUAGGCUGGCGUUAUCCAAGUCUUGGAGCAUUCAUCAACUUGAUGUGA